GGAGCGGGGAGAGGUGUAAUGACAAAGGAGGUGACGAAACUGCGGACGCCGACAGGGUUGUGCGGGCCGGCCGGCGGCUGCUCGGUGGCGGGAGCGGAGCGCGGGGCCGCGGCGGCUCCCUGCUCACCUCGGUCUUCGCUGUGUGACGGCUCGUGGCAGCGAUCUCGGAGCUGAAGUUACUUUUUUUUUUAAAUCUUUCUCGGGGGCGGUCAGGGGUGCGGGGAGAGCAGCACCCCAGUCCGGGUUGGGGGUUUGAGAGGAGGGCUGAAGGAAAUGGCUCUGUCAGCCAUUCCUUCUGUAUCUGACAGAUUCUGCUCUUGUUUAACAGCUGUUGCAGAUACUCAAAGAGGCGCUUGUUAAAUUAUUUUCAGGAUAGGAUCCACCAUGCUCCUGUCCCAUCAGGGACUGCUGUUUGGUUUGGGGCACAGUGAUGCUUUUGUAGAAUGGGGUUCUAUUGCUUUUCUUCCAUCUCCCAUUCACUGCUGGAAGACAAAACGUAUCAGUAGGAAAGUUAGAUUUGUGAACUGCUGCUCAAGUGCAAGGACAAUAUUUCAUAUGUUGCCAUGUCGGAAGAUGCUUUAUUGGAAGAGGACAUUUGGGAAUACAAAUCGAUUAGGAAGCGAAAGCCACAGAGUAACUCAAACAGUUCCUCUGUGUCCAUGCAGACAGUGACCAAAGGCAAAUGCAGGCCGAAAAGAAAGGGAAAUGGAAAUAAAAAGAAAUCUGUGGAUAAAAAUAGUACUCCUCAGAAGAGCGAGCAGACAUUGAGGCCAAGCAAGGACCUGGAUCCGUGUAAAGAUGACAGCAGUGUGCACGCUCAGGAAAGCCAGAGCAGCCUGACAGAACAGGGCUCACCAAGCACAAGGCUGGUUUGUGAUGGAUAUUGCCCAAGCUGUCAGAUGCCCUUCUCCUUGCUGGUUGUGCAAACACCUCGCUGGCACGUUGCUGAAUGUUUGGAUACUCCAGGAUCUGUUGAAAAAGAGUGUCCUGAUGGUUUACUGUGUACAUCUACCAUUCCAUCCCACUACAAGCGCUACAGCCAUUUUCUACUUGCAGCAAGCAGAGCAGGAGAAUAUCUUGUGAAUUCUACAGCAAACACUUUGGAGAGGAAGAUGACAUGUUCUACUACUGCAGAGUCCAGCUGUUUUCCAAGUCACGUAGAAGUCCCACAGACUGAGAAACCAUCUAAGAACUUAAAAAAUGUCCCAGAUAAUGAGUGUACAUCAAAGAUACAGGAUUCAGCACAAAGGAAGUCUCUAAAUAUAACCAGUGAAAGUACUUCCUCUUUUGCAGAUGUUCAAAAGCCUCAACAAGUAUUUCAGCUCACACAAACCACAGAUAACAGCUGUAAAUUUGAAUUUUAUGACUUUACAUCUUCACAAGAAAGCGUUUCGGGAGAAGAUCUUUGUAGUCAAAAAGAUACAAGCCAGCCAAACCUACUACAGUCAAAAGCUGAUUUCAGUGACUGGGAAAUUUCAUAUUCUCCACUUAGUACUUGUGAGGAAAGUGAAGGUGAAGUUGAGAAAGAGAAGGAAGUAAAAACAUCACAAAAUAAACUACUCGAAUUCCAGAACUUUGAAGGUGAUGAAUCUGAUGCUGAAGUUUUUAAAUUUAAAAAACAACACUGUGAGGAAAUAAAUACAUCAAGCUGUUUGCAUCAUAGUGGAAAAAGUGAUUCUCAGAAUUAUGUGGCCAGCAAAUGCUGUAAUUCACCAUGUGUAGAUAAUCAGCAAGUGAUGCUAUCAGCAGAAUCCUCUUUUCCUCUUAAUUGCAGUGAGGAGUUCCAACAGCCAGGAUUGAUUUCCCCUGCAAUUAACACAGGUAAUAAAGAGUCACAAGACAGGGGUGCUUGUGCUUUGGAUUCUGUGUAUUCAGGUCUUACUCAUACACAAACAGAGCUGCUUAGAGAAGGUGCUGGGUCUCCUCUGUCUCAAAAAAAUAAGGUUUUGAGAGGCUUGAGUGUUGUUUUAACUAAUACAGAUAAAAUGACUGCUGAUGCAAUUGAAAAAGGAGCUUGCCAAGAGGGUUUGCAGCCAGCGGUGAAGAAAGAAGAAAACCUUGAUUCAACUGGUGCGUGCUUUCCCAGCCCCAUCUCUAAAACGGUCUCAUCUUGUUCCUUAGCAAGUAUGAAUGCCAAAUCCAGUCCUGCCAAAGAACUCAAACAAAUGGACAUUGGUGUUUUCUUUGGGCUAAAACCUAAAGUAAAAGAGGAAAGCAAAGGAGAGGCGUGUUUGAGUGAGGGAAAGCAGAUACUGAGUUCAGUAGCUCCCAGUGGAAAGAGGCCCAGACAGCAAAAAAGGAAAGCUGAAGGAUCUGUGGAGGAUCUAGAAGCAGUUAAAGAAAGUUCAAGUAAAGAUGGAGGCUUUGCAAAUGUAACUUCUGGUGGCCAACGAAAGUGGAGAAAAAGAUUUAGAGAAUCAUCUACUACAGAUGAAGGAGCAAGGAAAAAACAGUGCCCUUUCUACAAGAAAAUACCAGGAACUGGCUUUACAGUUGAUGCUUUCCAGUAUGGAGAAAUAGAAGGCUGCACAGCCUAUUUCCUCACUCAUUUUCACUCUGAUCACUAUUGUGGGUUGACAAAAAACUUUGUAUUUCCACUAUACUGUAAUAAGAUAACUGGCAAUCUGGUGAAGAGCAAGCUUCAAGUCAAAGAGCAAUACAUCAAUGUGCUGCCAAUGGACACAGAAUGUAUAGUGAAUGGGAUCAAAGUGUUGUUGCUUGAUGCCAAUCAUUGUCCUGGUGCAACAAUGAUCCUUUUUUACCUGCCUGGUGGAACUGUUAUUCUGCACACAGGAGAUUUCAGGGCAGAUCCUUCUAUGGAGCGUUACCCUGCUUUGAUUGGCCAAAAAAUCCACACCCUUUAUCUUGAUACCACGUACUGUAGUCCUGAAUAUACCUUUCCUCCUCAGCAAGAGGUUAUCCAGUUUGCUGUCAAUACAGCCUUUGAGAUGGUGACUUUAAACCCCCGCACUCUGGUUGUCUGUGGCACCUAUGCCGUUGGAAAAGAAAAAGUUUUUUUAGCAAUUGCUGAAGUUCUGGGUUCCAAGGCAAGCAUGUCCCGUGACAAAUAUAAAACACUGCAGUGUUUGGAGUCAGCAGCUGUUAAUUCCCUCAUCAGUAUGAACUGGAAUGGUACUUUGCUUCACAUUCUCCCCAUGAUGCAAAUUAAUUUUAAGGGGCUGCAAGAUCAUUUGAAUAAGUUUUCUGAGAAUUUUGAUCAAGUUCUGGCUUUCAAACCUACUGGAUGGACCUAUUCUGAUUCAUGCCUUUCUGUGAUGGAUAUCAAACCGCAGACGAGAGGGAAGAUCACCAUUUAUGGGAUUCCUUACAGUGAACACAGCAGUUACCUGGAAAUGAAACGUUUUGUUCAGUGGUUGAAGCCACAGAAAAUUAUCCCCACUGUAAAUGUUGGUGACUGGAGAGCCAGAAGCUUGAUGGAAAAACAUUUUAGAGACUGGAUGAUUGAGGGCAGCGGACAGAAAUAAGGAAAAAUGUGUGUUUCAAAGAAGAGAAGCUGAAUGGGAAAUUCAGAGUUUCUGUGAAAUUGUGACUCUUUUUUACAUGGAAGUCUUUGGGAAGGAUUCCACUGCCAUCCUCCUGAGAAAAUUGGACUGGUGGGAGGGUACCUUGUUUUCUGAUUUACCUACUAAUAUAUUUUCCUAUCACUUGUUUGCAAAUGCCUAUUUCAGUUUAUUCUUAUCUUAUUCUUUUUAUCCUUUUCUUAAUCUUCCUCAGAUUAUGGAGAUGCCCAGAUGUAUAGUGCUGGGGGAGAAGCCACCUCCAGGUUAAUCUUUUUGGAAAAUAAGUUAUUGUAAUAAAUGAAACAGCAUUAUGCUCAUGUAAUGUUCUACCAGCUCAAGCUUCAGAGGAGCUCAUUUUUUCAUAAGCUGGAAUUAGUUUAAUUAAAACUUUAUUUCCAAAGUUUACUUGAUGUGAGAGUAUUGGUGUAGCUUCUGCAAUAUACGUGCUUGCAAGAAUGAAUUUUAUAGAAGACAUUGUUAAUUAUAUUAUGGUCAAGAUUUUUUUAAAAUAAAGAACGUACAUGAAGCAUGUGAGUUUUUUCUAAAAUGUAAAUGCAUUUAUUUUCAGUAUGAUAGUUGCUCAUUGAGAAACAUCUCUAUACUUCCAGUGAACGCUCCAUGUAUUUUGCUUUUGUGAAGUUAGGCCUGUGCCCUUGUAGUGCAAAUUCUCAACACAGAGCCAAAGAACACAAGAGCUUCUUCUCCAUGUGAUGCAGCGCAUUUGUGUUUGCAGAGUUGUUUAUACAGCUUUGUCCUUUGAAUUCUGGAAAAAAGUAAAAGUAAAUCAGGAACACCAAGGUAAGUUUCACUUUGCGUUUUCUCCCUAAGUGGUGCUGUUUCUUUAUCUGCUUGGUGUUUAUGGUACUGAAGUAUGUGGUUGCAGACAUUGGUGUAAUUUUAAGUGUUUUAAUAGAAAUCAUUCCAAAGUGUUUGAUCAUGCACAAAAAGCCAUCCUACAACUCCCUAGUAUAGCAAAUCUGAAAUCUUCAGUGCCUUUUUUGUCAGGAAAAUGUUUAUUUAAUGGUCAGUGUUAGUGUAAAAACUUGCAAUGAUUCACAGUUCUUUCAGUACAUUCACUGAAAUAUGACAUCGUUAAAUGGUUCUGUUUAACCUAGGCAAUUAAAAGUAUCUGAAGUUUUUAUUUUACAUCAUAUAUUAUGCUAGCUCCCCUUAUCACAAGAACCAUUCACUGCCCUGGAUUUGGCAUACCCAUUCCUAGGAUUCCACUCCUUGUUGGAGUAGGUGUGUUAAAAAUUAUCUGUUGGAGUGCUUGCUUCUGCUGAGCCUGAAUUACUGCCUUGUACAAGUUAGGGCAAAUCUGGGGAUUCUGUUUGGCAGGCACGUGCUUCUAACAGUUGAAUUGUUAUGGAAUUAUUCAUGAUUUUCAGCUUCCGUGUCUUUUUCCUACCUAAUUUUGCACAAAGUAUGAGGGGCAUGCUGAUGUUAAAACUGUAGUCAUGUCUCUGACGUCCUCUUGCUUUUAUAGCUGCAGUUUCAAGAACGAAUAUCCCUGCAGAGAAUGAGUAAGUGUGUGGGUUGUGAACAUGCUGACGCUUUUAUGGGCUUGCAACGCAAUUAGUUAGCCUUUAUGCAGAUAGUAACAGAACCUAAGUGUGUAAUGAAGAAUAUUAAGAUAGCGUAUAAUCAAAGCAUAUUAAGGUGUUAUAAUAAUGAAAUAAACAAGAGAGUUAGGCAAAGCACGACAAAGAGAAUAAAUAGGAUGCUUAACAGUAUCCUAGGCUCGCUCAAGAAACUCCA